ACCCACGACCUUUCUUUAAGUACUUGUACUAAACCUCUCACAAAACUACACGAUUCCUUGUCGAACGCUCGCAGUUUAUUUACCGAGUUUCACAGCCAGGAAAAUCUCUUAAUUUAACCCACCAUCUUGACAUCCCCCAUCCGGCCCCACCUUCCACCCCACCUCCCAUUCCCCGCAAUCAUGACAACUAACGGCGGAGAAGAAGAAAACUUCGCAUCUGAACAUGACGAGCAUGUUGACAAACUCGGAAACUUUAUCACUCAGGAUGAUGGAGGGAGUCUUGGAUCUCCUGGUUUAGAUCCGCAGUCGGACGAAUCCGAUUUUGACGAUGCUCCAAAAGAGCUCAAAUCUUCCCUAAAAAAACCCACACAGAUCCAAGAGGUUGUUGCCCCCAAACCGCCUCUACCGGCGCAACCUGACCCAUCGACUCUGGACCUCUCUGCACUUUCUCCUCUCUCGCCGGAAAUUAUCUCUCGUCAGGCUACGAUAAACAUUGGCACCAUCGGUCAUGUGGCUCACGGGAAGAGUACGGUUGUAAAAGCCAUAUCUGGGGUUCAGACAGUCAGAUUCAAGAAUGAACUUGAGAGGAACAUCACCAUCAAGCUUGGUUAUGCCAAUGCAAAGGUUUACAAAUGCGACAAUCCUGACUGUCCUCGUCCUGGCAAUUACCGAAGUUACAAGAGUGAUAAGGAAGUCGAUCCUCAGUGCGAACGCGAAGGCUGUGGCGGCAAGUACCAAUUACUACGACAUGUUUCGUGAGUGUGCCCCUCAAUGGAGCUAUUGAUAUUUGAGUUUUGUGCUGAUGGCACUAGUUUCGUUGAUUGUCCUGGACACGACAUUCUCAUGAGUACUAUGUUGUCUGGUGCAGCAGUCAUGGAUGCCGCUCUCUUGUUGAUUGCCGGAAACGAGUCAUGCCCGCAGCCGCAGACUUCCGAACAUUUGGCUGCAAUAGAGAUCAUGAAGUUGAACCACAUUAUUAUUCUUCAGAACAAGGUUGACCUCAUGCGUGAAGCGUCUGCUGAAGAGCAUUACCAAUCGAUUCUGAAGUUCAUUCGUGGCACCGUUGCCGACGGUUCUCCAAUUAUUCCCAUUUCGGCCCAGCUGAAGUAUAACAUCGAUGCUAUCAACGAGGCCCUUGUUUCCAAGAUUCCUGUUCCGAUCCGAGAUUUCACUGCAACGCCUCAUAUGAUCGUUAUUAGAUCUUUCGAUGUCAACAAACCUGGCGCCGAAAUUGAUGAUUUGAAGGGCGGUGUUGCCGGCGGCUCGAUCUUGACUGGUGUACUUAAACUCGGAGACGAGAUUGAGAUCAGACCGGGAAUUGUCACCAAAACCGAUAGGGGACAAAUCCAGUGCAAACCUAUCUUCAGCAGAAUUGUUUCAUUGUUUGCCGAGAACAAUGAUUUGAAAUUUGCUGUUCCUGGUGGUCUUAUUGGUAUGCCUACCUAUAUUUAGAAAUUCCCUCUCUGUUUGUAGGUUUUCUCAUGAAUGAAAUAGGUGUUGGUACCCGUGUCGACCCGACCCUCUGUCGUGCGGAUCGUCUCGUUGGGUUCGUUCUUGGUCUUAAGGGGCGUUUGCCAAGUAUAUAUACCGACCUUGAGGUCAACUACUUCUUGCUCCGUCGUCUUCUCGGUGUCAAGACUGCAGACGGAAAGCAGGCUAAGGUCGCCAAACUUACGAAGAACGAAAUUCUUAUGGUCAACAUUGGAUCUACUGCUACCGGUGCAAAGGUUAUUGCUGUGAAGGCUGAUGUGGCCAAACUUCAGUUGACCAGCCCGGCUUGCACUCAGGAUGGCGAGAAGAUUGCGCUGAGUAGGAGGAUCGACAAGCAUUGGCGGUUGAUCGGGUGGGCUACUAUCGUCCGGGCGGGACCAUCCCUCGAUCCGGUCGAGGAAUAGCUACCGGUAUUGUAUAGAUUAAACGCAAUGGUGGGAACACGGAUGGGUUGGCGCAUUUUCUCUUGGUGUCUAAUUGUUCAACUGCCUUUGUUUUAUCGGAUUAACGUGCGAAACGAGUAUGGCUGCGAGAUUGCUGAAUGCGAUACUCUGAUAUGGCUUUAGGGCUCCUAUGGGUGAGUGACGUGGGGAGAAUAUACAAAAAGUUUUUCCUUUCUAGGAUCCCUUACUUUUCCUUUUCAGUGUGACCUAUGAUGAGAAGUGAUGGAGCUUAAUGGGUCGCUAUUUCUUUAUUUAUGCAUUUGAUUGCUGCUAGGUGCUUCUAAAUUAUAUCGGCUUCUGCUUUUCUUUUUCUUUUCUGGCCUUUGGAAUGCAUUAGAAACCGGGCGCCUACUAGAAAAGACUAUUAAUCUCG